AUGCUCGCUCUCAUCGGACCCACCCUCGUCGUGGCUUACUCAUCGCCGGUAGCCUCCGCCGCUUCGUCAGCAGUUUCGCAGGCUGAGGGCGGCCGAGUCGUGAGGCAGACCCUCGUCAUCGAGGAGUGGAUCGUCGACUACCUGCGGCCGACCGUUCGCGAGGUUCCCGUCGACAUUGACGAGUCCCGGCGGGCCGUCAAGUUUCUCAUCAACGGCUCGUACCCUGGGCCAGCAAUCCACGCCAACGAGGACGACAUGCUCGAGAUCACCGUGGUCAACAAGCUCUUCUCAGAGGCGACCACGAUUCACUGGCACGGCAUCCACCCGCUGCGCCAGCCCUACAUGGACGGCGCUCGCGACGUCACCCAGGCUCCCAUUCUUCCGGGUCAGAACUUUACCUACCGUUUCAGCGCCUACCCUCCGGGCACGCACUACUACCACAGCCACAUGGACGCAGUGCAGGGCGCGCGAGGCAUCCGCGGGCCCCUGAUUAUCCAGCGGAAGGCGGACCCCGUCAAGGAGGAGUUUGCGUACGACGAGGACCUUGUCGUUUUCAUGUCGGACGAGUGGCGCGACCCGUCCGCCUGCCUCAAGCUGGAGGGCGCCAUGCCUGGCAACGACGUGUGCGCCGACAUUCGGCACGGCAGCUUUUCGGGCAAAUUCGGGAACGGCAGCGCCGCCUUCCCCUUCCCGCUCAUCACCGUCAAGGCUGACACGUGCUACCGCGUGCGGUGGGUUAUGGCGGGCAGCAACACUGAGAACUUCCAGAUCACGGUGGCAGGCCACAACAUGACACUGGUGAGCGUCGACGGCGGGUACGACGUGCGGCGCAUCAACCUGCACUUGGGGGAGCGGGUGGACGUGAUCCUCUGCACCGACCAGGAGCCCGGCAACUACCUGAUUCACGCCCAGUACGACUACGCCUGCGCGCUCACCGCGGGCCACUUUAUCCCACCCGGUUUCUCCGCCGUGCCGACGUGCGACUUUCACGCGUACCUUCACUACGACACCGAGCCCGACCUCGUCCCUCGCGACCUCUCGGGCUCGGGCGGGGGCCGCCACCCGCGUGCAGUUGUGGGUUCAGACUUCGACCUCACCCGCCCGGAAGGGUGGGCGGUGACUGAGCCGCGGGUCCCCGAGCCCGAGCCAGCGGAGCCGGACGUGCGGUACACCAUCAACUUGGGCCUGCUCGGCCCCACCUACAGCCGGGCCACCGACCGGCCGCUCGUCAAAGGGCGGUGGUACAUGGACCUCGACGGGCAAGACCCGCCUCGGUCGUGGGAGCUUCCGACCACUCCCUUAUACCACUCCAAGGGGCGGUGCGGUGUGGGCGACAUCCCGUUGAUCAACGUUCCCGAGGAGGUCACCACCGUCGAGGUGGUGGUGCAGAACCUGUCGCCGACGGCGCACACGCUCCACAUGCACGGCAUGCCCUUCAAGGUGAUCAACGUGGCAAACUAUACGAGCUGGUGCGGCCUCGAGCACCCGACGUGCUUCGUGCUGCCGUGGUGGGGCGGCUCGCUCCUCGACAAGUGCCCGCGGCCGCGCCGGAAGCCCGGCGACCCGAAUGACAAGAACAUCGAGCUCGGUGGGUACUGGGGCUGCACCUACGACGCGGCCACCGACGCGCGGACGCAGAACCUAAAGGCGCCGCUGAUCAAGGACAGCUUCCAGCUGUGGCAGCGCUCGUGGGCGGUGAUCCGCUUCGAGGCGACGAGGCCAGGCUUCUGGUACUUUCAUUGCCACGAGACUCAGCAUCUCAUGUUGGGCCUGCAGACCGUCUUCAACGUGCUGCCGAGCAAGCAGCCGCCGGUCCCGGCGGACGUGCCGACCUCGGGGUCGCACUUUUGCCCGACGGUGGACGAGGGGCCAUGGGGAUCGUGAGAGAAUCAUCUCUCUUAGCGUGGCCGAGCCUUUCGAUUUAUCGUACUGGCUUUAUGCUUGAUGGGCCAGCGCCGUUCGAGGUGCUGGGAUGGAUGUCAGAGGCCCCCCCCACACAGUUUCACGACCUUUUUCGUUUUUGUGUGUGUGCGUACCGGCUAGUUCCAUUUCACUCUGACACGCUAAUCUU